AUGACCUCUCGAAUCGAAAAAACCAUAAUCCGCCAGCAAGAGAAAAUUGCCGCGGGCGCAUAUUAUGAAUCCCACCAACAACUCCGCGUCAUCGCCGCCCGCUACCUCAAACAGCUUAACUACGAUGCCGCCGCCGAUAUCCUAGCAGGCGGCGCAAAAGCACUGCUACAUGCGCCCGGUGCCUCUGCGUCCGGUGGCGAUCUGGCUAUUAUGUUGAUUGUUGAUGUGUAUAAUAAGGCGGAGUGGGAGGCGGUUCCUGAGGGGCAGGGGGAUCUGGUGGGAAGGGGUAGAAAGAAGCGAUUGAUUGAGCUGCUACACGAGUUUCCGCCAGAGGAGCCUACGAGGAGGAGAUAUAUUAAUGAGAUGAUUGCGUGGAGUGCGCGGUUUGGAGAGCUGGAGAGGGGUGAUCGGGAGAUACAUCAUGAGGUUGGAGCGUUAUUUGCACAGGAAAACGAACCCUACGACGCAGAACGCCAUUUAGCCGUUGGCACCACGGACUCCGCAGAAAUCCUUGCCCGUCUCGAGUACGAGUGGUACACAUACGAUGAACCCCACACCGCCGGCAUCUACGCCUUGCGCGCCGUUAUCCCCUACCUCCUCACUGGUAACCUGCGCAACGCCAACAAAGCCUUCAUAAUUUUCACCAGCCGCCUCUCCUCACCCGCAGACCCCGGCAAAGCCCAAGCCCUAAAUGCCCAGCAAGUCAGCAGCCAGAGCUCAGAUGUGAAUGUCUACCCUUCCCUGCCGCUUUUGAAUUUCACAAGCCUGUUGCUGCUGGCUAUCCAGAGCGGGUCGGCGGAUUUGUUUAGGCAGUUGACCCGGCAGUAUGCACACCAUACUCGGGAGGUGGACGGGUGGGAGAGGGCGUCGGCGUAUAUUGGCGAGCUGUAUUUUGGAAUUAAGAUCCCGAAACAGUCUAAUGCACUUAUGGAUAUGAUGGGGAUGAUGUUUGGGAGUGGUGCUGGUCAGGAGAGUAGUAGGAAAUCGGGGAAACAGCAGAAGAGCCCGGCGAAAGUGGAGGCGGCACCGCUGCCGCCGAUGGACCUUGAUUAA